AUAAAUUUGACAAAUUAAUUUGUCACCUCACGCACACUAUAUAAUAUACACACACAAAUCGUCUUCAAUCACUGUUUUUCUAUAUAUACUUUUUUUCUUCUCAUUUUUUUUUCUCUUUCAGUUUUGAUUGUAGAAGAAUCGACCGAAUUCGGUAGAGAGAUUUUGUUUUGGCGUUAAUGGCUGAAACGAAUCGACUCGGCCGAUUGGCCUUGAUCAGAAGCAAAAGAUUACCUAGUCUAUACUUCUUGACCAGCGCUGUCAUCCUUUGCUCGAUCUGCUACUUCGUCGGAUUCUACCAACACUACAAAGGCGUUGCGACCUCCGCCGCCUCUGUCGUCGUCUCCAAGUACCCAUGCUCGCCGCUCCGUUCGAACUUGACGGCUAUCGGCCAGCUCGACUUCGAGGCUCACCAUCGCGCUGAGGAUCUCCAACUAGCUCCACCGGCAGCGCCUGCUCGUCGCAUUCCGGCGUGUGCCGUCGAGCUGAGCGAGCACACUCCGUGCGAGGACGUGAAGAGGUCGCUGAGUUUCGACAGGGAGAAGCUGAUUUACCGUGAGAGGCAUUGUCCGGCGCCGGAGGAGAAGUUAAAGUGUAGAAUUCCGGCACCGUACGGGUACAGAACGCCGUUCCGGUGGCCCGAGAGUCGGGGAUUGGCGUGGUAUGCGAAUGUUCCUCAUAAGGAGUUGACUGUUGAGAAGAGGAACCAGAAUUGGGUGCAUUAUGAGAGGGGACGUUUCAAAUUCCCCGGCGGAGGGACCAUGUUUCCAAACGGCGCCGACGCCUACAUCGAUGAUAUCGGAAAGUUGAUUAAUCUGAAAGACGGCUCCAUCAGAACCGCCAUUGAUACUGGUUGUGGGGUUGCAAGCUGGGGUGCUUACCUACUGUCCAGGGACAUCUUGGCAGUAUCGUUUGCCCCAAGGGACACCCAUGAAGCUCAGGUCCAAUUUGCUCUUGAACGAGGAGUUCCUGCUUUGAUUGGAAUUCUUGCGUCCAUAAGACUUCCUUACCCUUCAAGAUCAUUUGACAUGGCUCACUGCUCUCGCUGCCUAAUUCCUUGGGGUCAAUAUGAUGGACUUUAUUUGAUUGAAGUUGAUCGAAUUCUGCGUCCUGGAGGAUAUUGGAUUUUGUCUGGGCCGCCCAUAAACUGGGAGAACCACUGGAAAGGCUGGAAUAGAACUCGUGAAGAUCUCCAAGCUGAGCAGAAUGGGAUUGAGGCUGUCGCCAAAAGCCUUUGCUGGAAGAAAUUGAAGCAGAAGAAUGAUCUUGCCAUUUGGCAGAAACCAACUAAUCAUGUCCACUGUAGGUUGAACCGCAAGGUUAUCAAGAAACCGCAAUUCUGUCAAGAUCAGGAUCCAGACAAAGCAUGGUACACUAAAAUGGAGGAAUGUUUGACCCCACUGCCGAGUGUAACAGACAUAAGAGAAGUAGCAGGUGGUGAAGUGGCUAAAUGGCCAGAGAGGUUGACUUCUGUCCCUCCAAGGAUUAGCAGUGGAAGUUUGACUGGAAUUACACCUGAGAUUUUCAUGGAAAACACAGAGUUGUGGAAGAAGAGAGUGGCAUAUUACAAAAACUUUGACAGUCAGUUGGCAGAGCAAGGAAGGUACCGGAAUUUGCUUGACAUGAACUCCUACUUGGGAGGCUUUGCUGCUGCACUAAUCAAUGAUCCUGUUUGGGUUAUGAAUGUUGUUCCUGUUGAGGCCGAGACCAACACCCUUGGUGUCAUUUACGAGCGUGGAUUGAUUGGAACUUUUCAAAACUGGUGUGAGGCUAUGUCUACAUAUCCAAGAACUUACGACUUCAUUCACGCAGAUUCAGUUUUUAGCCUCUAUCAGGACAGAUGUGAAAUGGAACAUAUUCUUUUAGAAAUUGAUAGGAUUUUGAGGCCACAAGGUAGUGUAAUUUUCAGGGAUGAUGUGGAUAUGAUAAUUAAAGUGAAGGGAAUUAUGGAUACAAUGCAAUACACUACAAGAAUUAUAGACCAUGAAGAGGGACCCUUAGAGAGGGUAAAGAUACUCUUAGGAUACAAGCAGUAUUGGACAGCUCCAAGCCCAGCCUCCAUCAGUAAAAGAAGAGAAAUUGAAAGUAGUUCGUAGUUCUUGGGUUUCUUAAGAAUCACUUCAUUUUUUUUUACAAUUUCAUGUCCAUCAUUUUAUUGGAAAAUUGAUUCUUUGAAAUUGAACAGAUAUCAACAUGAUUAAUAGAAAGAAUUUUUCAGAUUGUAUUCAA